CGCGCGGGGUAAAGCGGAACAGGCGAGUCCGCAGAGCACGGGUGAAACGCCGGCUGCUUCUCUUUGUCCAUUCACCUCCCGCUGAACAACAUCCACAGCAGCUCCAUGGCCAGUCCCGUCGAUACGAAACUCUACGACCUCCUCGGAGUGUCCCCAUCCGCCACCGAAAAUGAACUUAAGAAGGCAUAUCGAAAACUGGCAAAGGAGUAUCACCCUGACAAAAACCCAAAUGCUGGUGACAAGUUCAAAGAAAUCAGUUUUGCCUAUGAGGUCUUGACAAACCCUGAAAAGAGAGACCUUUAUGAUCGCUAUGGGGAGCAGGGUCUGCGGGAAGGAGGAGGAGGUGGUCCUGGGAUGGAUGAUAUCUUCUCCCACAUCUUUGGUGGUGGGCUUUUUGGCCAUCCUUUCAUGGGAGGCCAUAGCCGCAGCCGUAAUGGUGGCCGUCGGAGAGGGGAGGAUAUGGUUCACCCACUUAAGGUGUCACUGGAGGACCUCUACAAUGGGAAAACGACCAAAUUACAGCUUAGCAAGAAUGUACUAUGUAGCUCUUGUAAUGGGCAAGGGGGUAAGACGGGAGCUGUCCAAAAAUGUUCAACGUGUAGGGGGCGUGGUAUGCGUGUUAUGAUUCGGCAGCUGGCACCAGGGAUGGUCCAACAAAUGCAGUCGGUGUGUACUGACUGUAAUGGCGAAGGUGAAGUCAUCAGUGAGAAGGACCGCUGUAAAAAGUGUGAAGGCAAGAAAGUUGUGAAAGAGGUGAAGAUUCUGGAGGUCCAUGUGGACAAGGGCAUGAAGCACGGGCAGAAAAUAACAUUUGGAGGUGAAGCUGACCAGGCACCAGGGGUUGAGCCUGGGGAUAUAGUUCUGGUGCUGCAAGAAAAGGAGCAUGAGACAUUCAAGAGAGAAGGCAAGGACCUGUCUAUGAACUAUAAACUUGGCCUUGUGGAGGCACUGUGCGGCUUCCAGUUCAUGUUGAAACAUUUAGAUGGAAGACAGAUAGUUGUGAAGUAUCCAGCUGGCAAAGUCAUUGAACCAGGCUCAGUAAGAGUAGUACGAGGAGAGGGAAUGCCACAGUAUCGUAACCCCUUUGAAAAGGGAGACCUGUAUAUAAAGUUUGAAGUUCAGUUCCCCAGCAACAACUGGAUAAGUCCAGAGAAACUUCAGGAGUUGGAGGACAUGCUCCCAUCACGGCCUGAGCCCCCCAUCAUCACUGGAGACACAGAAGAGGUGGACCUGGAGGACUAUGAUGCCAGUCAGAGCUCGUCCUCGUCACGCAGAGAGGCUUACAAUGACAGCUCUGAUGAAGAGGGUGGCCCUCACGGCCAUGGGGUACAGUGUGCCCACCAGUAGGUCCAGUCACAACCCACUUUUCACUCAUGUAUUUUAAACAAGGUGAAUCGUCAAAGGGCACCAGGUUCCUCAGGUUCAUGUCAGACAUUCUCAUGGCACCUGGUGUGUCCACGUCACUCGUGUUUGUGUAGGUUUGAUCUUUGUCUGAGGAAAGCUCAGUGGAGCAUCUGUUGGACUAUUUCUGAAAACUGCGCUCAAACCACAUUAGAAACUAGUUUGGGUGUAGAACUAUAUACAUAUUUAAAUUAAAUUUUUUUGAUUGCUUCAUUGAAUUCUGGAUGUUGGUAGAUCCUUCACUCUUUAUUUUAACUGAAGAUUAGGUGAAGUAAGGUGCCUGUUUGCAUUUUGUUUUCAUAGUAUUUUCAAUAAUUAAUUUAAGAAACUAACCAAUGUACAUACACAAACACAUGCAAAUGGAGUAGUCAGGGCCACACAAAGAUAACCCAUAAUAUUUCAACAUGAACUUUUUUUUCUUUCAGAAAGGCUUUAGUAGCAAGUUUUGUCCUUGAUUUGCCACUUACUCACAUAGUUACAUUAAAAGCUAAAUUAAAAUGGAAGCAAAUGUAUCAUGCGAUUUAGUGGUCUUUGUGUGGCCCUAACCAAAACUUGUUAAAAAAAACAGCAAUGUGAAGUGCAAAAUCCUGACCCUUUCUGGAUAUACUCAAGCUGCACCACUUUUUUUACUGCUUUAUUUUCUUUGUUUUUUUUAUGUUUCCAUUUCUUUAUAUUUUAAUUGAAACAUAAAUUGUUAUGUGUAUAUCAAAGCCUAUUAAUACUUAAAUCAGCGGUUGUAUUCAAAGCUGUGUAAAUUGAGAAAAGAGAAAUAAAAGUGAAAUAAUUGCUUGUAUCUACUGAGACCAUCUGCGUGUAAAAGCUUGGUCCCUGCUAAUGUUCAAUAUCAAAAAACACCUCUUAUAAAUCUGUAUGAGCUGGUGAAUUCAAUAAACCAUUAAAAUAUUGUAA